AGUGGUCAGGUCAGAGGUCAGAAUAGCCAUGUGAUCUAGCAAAAUGUUGUAAUGUUUUGCUAAAGUGACUUUUUGUGGCGUAUUGUGACUCUGUUUGUGGUUUUAUAAUGAUAUUCAUCAAUUUUUUUUAUUUUUUUUGCCUGCCACCCUGGUCUGUUUUUGGAGAUUAUAAAUGUGAAACAUAAGAUCAAUUUGUGGCCUUAUAUUAGUAUGAUUGACUAUGAUGUAAUGUAUAUGUUGUUAGUAAUACUGUUUACUGACUUAUGUCAUGUGAUUUGCCAUGUGUGGAUAUAAGUUGUUACUGUCACCAGAGAUUGAAGAGAAGGGGAUAUGAAACUAGAUCACGUGAGCUUAUGUGCUCAAUGUAAAUCAGAGUAAAAAGUUUAGGCACUCCGCGUUGCUAUAAAAAUGGCGGUUUAAUUUGUAAAUAAAACAAAACAGGCCCAUGGGAAGCUGGAUGACUCACUUGAAGAAUUAUGAUCAUAUAAUUGACUAGCCACAGAUUGUUUUAAAAUAUUUUUUGUGGCAAUAAAAUCCAGAACGCCAGAUUCCCUGGUUUAUUGGCUAUACUAGCCUUUGUGGGACUGUAGCAGAAAGCAACACGGAUUGUAUGUACACGUCAUCAAGUUUCAUAUCCCUCUCUCUUCAAUCUCUGCUGUCACACUGAAGUGCUUUACAGUGGAGGUCCUGCCGAGACAUCCAUUCUCAUCGGGACCUACAGAAGUGAAAAGCAAUCGAUUUUGCUUCUAAACAGAAGAAUUAAGACUAUCUCCUUUUAGAGGACUAGCACUGAACUGAAGAAACCUCCACGCGAAAACGUGUGCAGUACACUUGGAACGCAUCAUGGAUUCUCCGACGAUGGAAGAAAUAGAAGAAAUAGUGGUGGACACUGAGCUACCUUCAGGAUUCUCUCUGACCAGACCUGUGCCCCUGAGCUCUCGGAAGCUGACUGUUCCUGUGAUCAAGGCCAUUGCCGUUGCAAUGGGACUGCCUGACACUGGAUCAAAGGAGGAGACACUCCUAAUGAUAGAGGGGAAGCUGGUAGAAGAGGAACGUGGUAUACUCCUGACGUUCAGUUGGCAAUGGAGGCCCCUGAAGAGAUUGUGCUGCAGCUGCUGGAUGCCGAAGGUGCCUUCCUCCGGAUCGGACUGCAGAGAGCUGAGGACAGACUAGGAGAGGACAGACUGGGAGAGGACAGACUAGGAGACACAGAUGAAGGUGAAACUGACCGAGAAGAAGGUCACGAGGAAGGAGCUGAUCCCACACUGGAGCAGAUGCAAGACGAGAACCGGCUCCUCACAGAGGAGGUAAGCUCCAUGAGAAUAAAGUUACAGAGCGUUAAUGUACGAAUGAAAGAUUUGUGGAAAGCUAAUUGUUCGCUAGCUAGAGAAUUUGAAGAGGUGGUACAAUGUAAAGAUGAUGAAAUAGCCGAGCUAAAACGUCAGUUAGCAAGUACGAGCAUUGUAGUACCUACGUUGAGGGCAAUGGCCCCUGAAUUUAUGCAUGGUACAAUUACUGUGUCUGAUGAUGUUACUAUCGGGGGCAUUACCCCAGUAGAACGGACAGUGGGUGGUGCUAGACGUGGUAGAGCACCGCCAGUAGACCCCUAUUCCGGGGAAGAUGAGUGUAUCCGGCUAGACGACUGGCUGUCUGCCCUGACCCGAACGUCAACCUGGAAUCGAUGGACCGAGGAGGACCAGUUAAUCCAACUAGCUGGACACCUGAGGGGGCGUGCCCUUCAGGAGUGGGACUUGAUCCCUAGUGAGGACAAGCAGACCUACACACUGCUAUAGGCUCCCUCAGAGAACUUUUAGAUUCUGGGGGGCGAAUGCUAGCUGUCCAGGACUUCCGUCAUGCCUCACAAAAAGACGAAGAAACGGUAGCCGAUUUCAUACGUAGGCUAGAAAGGCACUUUAGAGUGGCCUAUGGUAGAGAUGGUUUAUGGCAGAGAUGGUUUGGGUAGCGAAACCAGGAUAGUCAGCUUCAGGAGGGACUAAGACUCGAGCUGAUGAGAGCCCCGUCUGUAUCCGGUGCGGAAACCUACCCAACCUUAUGUCUAGCUGCUAAAAACGAGGAACGUCGUAUUGCAGAGAAUAAAAAACGACAGCUAUACCGAAAGUCUAGUGGCAAUCAGCCACGGAAUCCCAAUAGCCUCCCUAACCAGCCUCGGAAUCCCGAUGGCCCAAGCCAGAUGAAUAGGAGAAGCAGACCAAAUCCCCAGAACUAAACUAACAUGCUAUAAUUGUAGUGAGACUGGUCACUUUGCAAACGAAUGCAAGAAACCUAGAACAGAGAGUAAAGGCAGAACUAUACCUAAGUCGUCUUA